GAGAGAGACGAAGAUGACAUUGUGCAGGACGACUCGACCGCGAUGAAUGCCGGACACCAAAGCGCACGACGGCUAGCUGCUAGCAAUGUCCUCUCCCGCGACACGGUAUGCAGCUCCUGCUUGCAUCAAUUAUCUCGACAUCGCCGACACGCUUCCUCCGCCGUCGCAGCGCAACUGCAACCUUCCACUCCAUCGCAUCCAUCUCCUCCGCCUGUAACACGAACGGGCCCCCGAAAAGCCUUCCGUGUUCUCUGCAGUCCCGUCCUCUCCCGUCCACCGCAAAUCACGCGCGAACUCACACCUUUCGAAAAGGCCUUUUAUCUCUAUCAAAAACGCCUCAAUGAACGUCUCGUGCUCCCAUUCACGCGCUACUUUUACUACAAAAAGGACACCCCACAGGACCUGGAAUGGAAACGAAAAGUCGCCGCUCGGAGAGGCGUUGCCGCGAGAGAUGUCGGAGCGUACAAUGCCUACGCUGAUGAUGGCUGGAACGACGAAGUGCCCAUUGGGUCGAGGUUAGGGGAGCCCGAUGAUAUCGUGGAUAAAUUGAUACGUGAUGCCGAGGGGAAGACCGUCGUGAUGGAUGAAGGGGGAAUAGUGGGGGAUGAGGAGAGUGGAGGAGAGGCGAUUGCUGAGGAUGCACAAGAGGGAGAGGAAAUCAAGAAGCCUGUUGCGGAUCUGACGAUCGAACGACCUGCGCCGAGGAGAACGGAGGCAGAUGAGAAGAACGAUCAGCAGAGCUUGUCACGAGCGAUGGAUCGCACAUUGUAUUUGCUCGUCAAGGGUAAAGACGGAGAGUGGAGGUUUCCGCAGGACAGAGUCUAUGGCAAGGAGAAUCUACAUCAGGCUGCCGAACGCAUUCUCCUCCAAGCAGCAGGCGUCAACAUGAAUACCUGGGUCGUAGGAAACCAUCCCGUCGGAUACUUUAUGCGCACGUUCCCAGAGCCACAGAUUACAUCCAUUCUACCCAACGAGCUUGUCAGCACGAGUCGUUUCCCCUUUGAGCGGGAAGAAUUCGGGGUCAAGACCUUCUUCAUGAAAGCGAGAAUCAUGGCCGGACAGGCAGACCUGGCGAAGAACGCAUACGGAGAUCAAGAGUUUGCGUGGUUGACGAGAGAGGAGAUUAUGCAAAGGUGUGAAUUCGACUACAGGUAUAGCCUGAGGGGCAUGUUGGCUGUACGAUAAGCCGAAACAUGUACAGUGGACUAUUGCAGUGUACAACAAUGUACCGUAGAGAAGAAGAUGAAUGACAUGUAGAUCCC